GGGGGGGUCGAGCUGGAGGAGCCUUGUUCAGCCAUGUUAGUUUUCUCUGCUGUUCACAAACGAUGAGACAGAGGAGCCAUGGCCUUGUCAUUGAGCGGAGACGAUGAGGAAUAUGAUUCAGAGUCUGAGCAGCAGCGGGCAGCCAACCGGCCAAAGCCCCCAAAGAUGGGGACAACGUCAGCGGUUAAGCUGCCAUCCAACCGGAGCUCCUCAGGAGCGAGACGUAGGAGGACACGCUGCAGAAAGUGUGAGGCGUGUCUCCGGACCGAGUGUGGCGAGUGUCACUUCUGCAAAGACAUGAAAAAGUUUGGAGGCCCGGGACGCAUGAAGCAGUCGUGCAUUAUGAGGCAAUGCAUCGCGCCUGUUCUGCCCCACACGGCGGUGUGCGUCGUGUGUAAAGAGGCGGGGAAAGAGGACACACUGGAGGAAGAGGAGGACAAGUUCAACUUCAUGCUGAUGGAGUGCUCCAUCUGCAAUGAGAUCGUCCAUCCAAAUUGUCUCAAGGUGAGCGACGCCUCAGGAGUGGUGAACGACGAGCUCCCAAACUGCUGGGAAUGUCCUAAGUGCAACCACGCUGGGAAGAGUGGAAAAGCAUUGAAGCAAAAAAGGGGUCCGGGGUUCAAGUACGCCUCCAACCUCCCCGGCUCUCUGCUGAGGGAACAGAAGCCUGUGAAGGAGGAGGGGGACGUCUCUGCUGCAGCCAAGAGGAGACCAGACAGAGAGGAGACGCCCAGGUUCAGACCAGAGGAGUCUCUCCAUCGACAGCCGCCUCUGCUGUCCCCCUGCAACCUGCUGCGGCCCAGGCCGGAGGACAAACUGAGGAAGAAGAGGAAGCUGUUUGACGACGAUGAUGAGGAAGAUCUGGGUGUGAGGAAGAAGGAAAGACCAGAUGAGCCUUAUUUUUCCAAAUUCCUGCACCAAAUCAAGAAAGAAGAGGAUGAUGAAGAGGCAUAUGAGGAGAAUGAAAGAGGAAGGGGGUCUCACUUCAGGAGUAGUGUAGAGAGGAGAGCACGUUUUGGAGAGCCUGGAGAAGAAGGGGAUGAAAAAGAUUUAAGGAAUGAAUUCUUGAAUCCUUGCAUUAAAACACCUGUCGGAGACAGCGACCAGUCUCUCUGCAGCUCUCCUCAGGCCGGCCCCAGCAGCGAGGGUGGGAGCGAGACCCAGGAAAAAGGCCCACGUCCAAAAGCCCGCCGUAAGCGGCGUUUACCUAACAGAGAGCUGAGCCGAGAGCUGAGCAAAGCACUGAACCAGGAGAUCCAGAAGACAGAGGACUGCCUGGCCAACGAGAACCGCCAACCCCUCAAGGUGGAGCCGGAGUCUGAAAACGAGGAACCCAAGAGGUUGUUUCGCAACGGCAGCGACCUUGGGGAUCAGAGGUCCCACCUCAAGACCAAAGAGAUGAAUGGCACGCCCUGGGAGCUUCGUCACUUCUACCCGAGUCAGAUCACUCCGCUGGGCUUCAACAGAAGCACCCCAACCAACCGGCCGGCACCCCCACACUCCCCGCCGAAAUGUGUUCAAAUGGAGCGGCACGUUAUCAGGCCCCCUCCAAUCAGCCCGCCACCCGACAGACUGCCACUAAAAGAUGGAAAAACACAUGUCAUACAGCGUGAGGUGUGGAUGAAGAUCUUUGGCCACCUCACACACCAGGAGCUGUGUGUCUGCAUGAGAGUUUGCAAGACUUGGAAUAGAUGGUGUUGUGAUAAGAGACUUUGGAUGAAGAUCGAUCUGAACCGCUGCACAUCCAUCACACCACUCAUGCUAAGUGGGAUUAUACGCCGACAGCCGGGUUCCUUGGACCUCAGUUGGACAAACAUUUCCAAGAAGCAAUUAAGCUGGCUUAUUAAUAGAUUACCAGGUCUGCGAGUGUUAAAGUUAUCUGGCUGUUCUUGGGCUGCUGUAUCUGCGCUCUGCACCUCCAGCUGUCCCCUGCUGCGCACCUUGGAUGUGCAGUGGGUGGAGGGACUCAAAGAUGCACAGAUGAGAGACCUCCUCUCCCCCCCCACAGACAACAGACCCGGUCAGCUAGAUAACCGCUGCAAGUUGAGGAACGUGGAGGACCUGCGGCUGGCGGGGCUGGACAUCACUGACACAUCUCUACGCCUCAUCUGUCGGCAGAUGCCUUUUCUGUCAAGUCUGGACCUGAGCUACUGCAACCACAUCAACGACCAGUCAGUUAACCUGCUGACCGCAGCCGGGACCACAACUAGAGACUCGCUCACAGACAUCAACUUGUCAGUGUGUAACAGGGUCACGGACCAUUCCCUAAACUUUUUUAAGCGCUGUGGGAGCAUCUGUCAGAUCGACCUCCGCUUCUGUAAGCAGGUGUCAAAGACGGCCUGCGAGAGGUUCAUCGCAGAGAUGUCUGUCAGCGUGCCGUUCAGACUGAAAGAGGAAAAACUGCUAGAGAAGUCAAGCUAGUUGCUGACGGGACAAAACUGAUUCUUUUUGCACUUAAUGGAACAAUUUCUUUUUUUAAAUUUGACUGGCCCUGUGAAGCCUCUGAGUCGAUGUCACAGUAAACGGACUAAAGGGAGAGGCAGAUCGCUGGAUGGAGAUCUCAGAAGGAUUCUGUUUGAACAUUCUCUGAAAAGAAAAGGCAUGCGUUUACUUGCAUUGAUAUCUUACUUUUUGUAAAUGACUUUCUGGUUGUUUAAUUUUAUUCUUUAAAUAUUUGAAAGCAGUAUUUUUAUAAAGCAUCAUUUCAUGAGUUUACAGUGUCUCAGGAGCGACAUAUGCCACACUGCAUGAGAACUGAAAAUAGCCCCCUUUCUUAGCUCGCCUUCAUACGUGUGCCAAAAUUACACAUUGAUAUAACCCGACUAAAAUGUACAGACAUAAACAUCUGAUAAAAACACUUCCUGAAUAUUUAAAAUGUAUAAGAAUGAUGAAACAGAGUAAACAAAAUGUCCUGAUACACCCUCAUGUUUUCACUUUAAUACUUAAAUAGAUCAUUGUUGUGUUUGAUGGGGGCUUCUCCAACAUUUCAACAUUAAUUUAUUGACUUUCUUUUUGUAACAGUUUGUAUUUAUUCACUUAUUCAGUAACUUGACAUAAAUGUCUCACAGCUGGGUCAAAUAAUGCAACAAAUAAUUUAUCUCUUAUGGUCCCAGUUGUUGAGGUUUCUCUACCAGUGCCAGAGAGUUGACAGUGGAAAGACAAGGUGUUACUGACAGCUGACCAAACAUUGACUGUCUAUGAUAAAAGUCAUGAAGCCACCAAGUGACAGACUUAUGCAAUAAAAAAAAACUGCGUUGCAUAUCUUGAGUCCUAACUCCAUACAGUAGGUGUUGUGUGUAUUGUGGGGUGUGUUGUGCUGUAAUCUAUCACCUCAGGUGAAUGUGAUAAUGUUUAUAUUUGUAAAUGCAAAAAAAGUAUGUGCAAAUAUGCAUUAAAAGAAUUUCAUUUGUACCAUCA